GGUCCCCUGGCUCCUGCCUGCGGCUCUGAGGCUCCAAGUGCUGCUAGAGACGCUGCGGUGCCGUCCUGCGGCUGAAGCGCAGGGAGCCGCCAGCUCCCAGCAGGGCGUGAGGCUGGAGGGUUGUCACGGCAUGUGCUGCUCUGUUUGGGGAAGGACUGUGCCGCUGUGACAGAGCAAACUCCAGACCGGGACGGCUGACUAACGCCCGGCAGUCAGCCCGGCCCAUCAGAGAGACAUCUCGUUUAGCUAACAAUGAAUCAGAAAGAAAUGACUGGCAACCGAAAUUCCUGGGAUAAUUUGCUAGCAAAUUUCCCUCAAGGCCCACUUUCCAGAUAUCGUAAGAAAGCUUCCUUCAACUGGAAGGAGAUGGCAGUGUUCGUCGAUGGUGAAGAUAUCAUCCAGCUGAAGAACAGAAUCUUCUCUGCUCUGGAAAAUGAUCCUCUCUUUGCACAUCAUCCUGGAGAAGAUUUGUGCCGUGAGAAGAAUCAGGAGCUGACCUUCCUGCGCUGUAAAAGGCUCUUUGAGUAUGAGUUUCUCAGUCAGCAAGAGAUGAUGGAGAACCCAUUAAGGCUCUUUAAUAUGGUGCUCUGUAUAGGGAUGUAUGAUUGGUCUCUAUGUCUCAAGUUUUUCUUACAUUCUGGUACAUUUGCAGCUUCAAUUAUGAGUGCUUCUAAGAGACUUGCACACAUUUUGAAACAAGUUUUUAGCAUGGAGAUUUUUGGAUGUUUUGCUCUGACUGAGCUCAGCCACGGAUCUAACACCAAAGGCUUACGGACUACAGCCACAUUUGAUCCCAGCACUCAGGAAUUUGUCAUCAAUACACCUGACUUUGAAGCUGCAAAGUUCUGGGUUGGUAAUAUGGGGAAACAUGCUACUCAUGCAGUUUUGUAUGCCCAGCUCUAUACUCCCAAUGGACAGUGCCAAGGAUUACAUCCCUUUAUUGUACAGAUUCGAGAUACAAAAACUCUCCUACCAAUGCCCGGUGUUAUGGUAGGAGACAUAGGAAAGAAACUUGGACUGAAUGGGUUGGAUAAUGGAUUUGCCAUGUUCCACAAUGUCAGGAUACCAAAAGAAAACAUCCUGAAUAUAGCUGGAGAUGUCACAGCUGAGGGGAAGUACUCAAGUUCUAUCAAGGAGGCUAAAGAACGUUUCAGUGCAGCUCUGGGAUCCUUGUCCAGUGGCAGAAUUGUGAUCACAGGACUUUCCACAACCAACUUAAAGCUUGCCUUGGCCAUAGCCAUUCGCUUCUCAGCAGCUCGCUGUCAGUUUGGACCAACUGAGGAUGAGGAAAUACCUGUCCUUGAGUAUCAAACACAGCAAUGGCGUCUUUUACCUUAUCUGGCUGCUACAUAUGCCUUAGAUUAUUUCUCAAAGUCCCUGUUUGGGAACUUUAUAGAGUUUUUUGCAGGUGUUUUGACAAAGCAAAGGAGUCAGAGACAGGCUGAUUUGGGACGUGAGAUUCAUGCUUUAUCUGCUGCCAGCAAAUCACUGGCAUCUUGGACUGCUCAACAGGCAGCCCAGGAGUGCCGAGAAGCUUGUGGAGGGCAUGGUUACCUUGCCAUGAGUCGUCUGGGUGAAAUCCGAAAUGACAAUGAUCCAAACUGCACAUAUGAGGGAGAUAACAAUGUCCUGCUUCAGCAAACCAGCAACUACUUAAUGAGCUGGAUGAAUUGCAUAAGAGAUAAAGCUCCUUUUGAAUCCCCUUUGGGAACAAUAAACUUUUUGCAAGACUACCAUCAUAUUCUUGGCUGGAAAUUCACAGCCAUUAGUGUUGAAGAUUGCAUGGACUCCUCAGUUCCUUUAGCAGCUUAUAAAUGGCUGGUUUGCUACUUGCUCCGAGAAAGUGACAUGAAAAUGAAUAAGGAGAAGCAGGCCGGACAAAGUGAUUUUGAGGCAAAAAACAACUGUCAGGUGUACUACUGUCGCUCUCUGGCUCUGGCUUUCAUUGAGCACACAGCCUUACAGCGCUACCACGACUACAGCCACGAUGCCAGCGUCCCAGCAGCUCUGCAGCCAGUGCUGAGGGAUCUCAGUGCUCUCUAUGGGCUCUGGUCCUUGAGUAAACACCUGGCUGUGCUCUACCAAGGUGGCUAUGCUUCGGGUGAACAACCUGGGAAAUUUAUUCAGGAUGCUAUUCUGAAGCUCUGUUACAGGUUGAAAGAUGAUGCAGUUGCCCUGGUUGAUGUCUUUGCUCCUUCUGACUUCAUUCUCAAUUCUACCAUCGGUAAAGCAAGUGGAGAGUUAUAUAAAAAUAUGUGGGGAGAGAUCCUUCAAGGCAACAAAGCUCUGAACAGACCUUCGUGGUGGGCAGAAUUUUGCAUGAAUAAACCUGUUAUAGGCAGGCUGAGGUCAAGAUUGUAAACCAAACAGCUUUUUAGAGUCUGGAUGGGCCUGAGAUGGAUACCUUGUGACAAACAUCAGGAGGAAAUGAGACCAAAUGAAUGCUGAAAAUGGAAGGGAUUUCCAUUGAGAGGUGCCAAGUUUUAAAAUAACUUUGAAAUCAAGUCCAACUUAAUCUGAGAGACUGUUAAGAUAAUAAUGACAGGAUCAAGAGCAAUGUGUCUGCACACUAUACAUAUUUACUCAAUUAAAUUUUAAAAAAUGAAGAUUUAUUUUAAUCACUGCUUUGAAAAUUUAUAUUAAAAAGAUUUUUCCAAUCA